CACACACACACACACACACACAGUGCCCCGGGGGUACGUGCCCCACACCGUCCUCCGGCGCAGGCAGCAGCCGCCCGCCGAGGGCCGUGGUGCGGGCAGCCCGGGGGGAGCCCAGGCCCCUCACGGGCAGCGCCGCCUCCCCCGAGCGGUGUCCUGGCCGCUGGGGUCUUGUCACAGGCUCCGUCUUGGGCGCUUGGAGUGGCGGUGUGGCAGGCCUCCCCUGCGGGCCUGUGGAAGCCUUUGAGGUGGUAAAAAGAUCUCUAGGCUGCCCUGUUUGACCACCCUGCUCAGCCUUCGGCAGCCGCAGUGCUCCGUGGUCGCUGCCUGCCUCCACCUCCCAAACGGCUGGGUGUCCCCCUUCCCCACGGCUCCUCCCUGGGCCUCCCCAUCGUUGGCGUUACUUCUGCCAUUCCCACCCGGGUCUCACCCUACGCUCAACCUGCCCUGCGAAACAGCCCUGAUAAUAUAGUUAUGGGGUGUUCUUACACUCCAGAUUUUACAUUUCAGGCAGGCUCCCCUUCCCCCUCACGCCUGUGGGAUGGAGAUGGGGCUGGUGAACCCUUGGGUGGAUGAGGAUGCUGCGACCCAAGGCAGUGUCUCCCCGCCAGCGCCUGGACACGACUUCGUGGCUGCUUCAGCAGGCUGGGGACUGAGAGGCAAUGGCGGACAAGCUGCUGCUGAAUGUGCGGACAGACUUUGUGAAGCGUGUGAGCAAGCCGCUGAUCUCUGGGCUGCUGGACGAGCUGCUGGCCCAAGGGGUGCUGAACCUGGAGGAGGUGGACGAGGUGCAGGAUAGAUACACGGUGCGCACCGACAAAGCCCGCUGCCUCAUCGACAACGUGCGCCUGAAGGGCCCCAGGGCCAGUCAGAUCUUCAUCGACAGCCUCAGGAGGUGUGAUGGCACCUUGGCGGAGCAGCUGGGUCUGGUCGCUGAGUCGGGGCCCCCCGCUGCACAGCUGGCCUCCCCCAACACUGAGGCUCCCGCUGGGCCCCCCACUGGCAUCCAGGGCCAGCAGUGGAUCCAGCAGUGCUCCCUGAGCGAGUACCAGCGCAUCAGGGACACAGAAGGAAACCAGGUCUAUCCCAUACAUCUGCCACGGGAGACGCGAACCCGUAGGGCCUUGCUCAUCUGCAACAUUGAGUUUGAGCACUUGAGACGGCGGGACGGAGCUGAAAUGGACGUGGAGGGGAUGAGGAAGCUGCUGGAAGGGCUGGGCUAUGCGGUGGACGUCCAUUGCAACUUAACUUCCGAGAGGAUGGUUGCGGUCAUGAAUGAUUUUGCACAUCACAAAGACCACCGGACCUCUGACAGCACCUUCCUGGUCUUCAUGUCCCAUGGGGUCAGGGCUGGGCUCUGCGGGACCAAGAGCAAAGACGAGACCACAGACAUCCUUUCCCUCGACAUCAUCUAUGACAGGUUCAACAACAAGUGCUGCCAGGCGCUGCUGGGCAAACCCAAAGUGGUCAUUGUCCAGUCCUGCCGUGGAGGAAACGUAGGGUCCGUGAUGGUGAGUGACUCCGCAGACCCUGCCAUGCCCACUCCCAGCUCGGCUCACACAAUCCCUGCAGGGCUGGAAAAUGACGCAAUCUGUGAAGUCCACCUGGAGAGUGAUUUUGCCACUUUACAUUCCUCCACGCCUGAUACCGUCUCCUGGAGACACCCAGUAACCGGCUCCAUUUUCAUCCAGUGCCUGAUAGAGCAGUUUCGAAAACAUGCCUGUAACAGCGACUUACAGGAGAUCUUCCGAAAGGUCCAAUAUUCCUUUGGAAAAUUCCCUCGGCAGUUGCCAGCGCAAGAACGGAUUACAAUGCUCAGGAAGUUCUACCUGUUCCCAGGUUUCUGAUCUCCUGCCCACGGUGAAAAAACUACACGAACAGCAAAAGUGUUUGAUUUAGGGGAUAACACAGCAGAAAGCUCAAGGCAAACGCAGGCCUGCUCCAGAGAGAUGCACUUCAGAAAACACAAGAGGAAAAGCCAAGAACAGCUCUGCAGAAACACAGUCAAUCUCCAAACCAGCUACUUGUGCCCCCUCUGCGAGGCAAUUACAAACAGACCUGUCCUCGGUCUCCUGUCCUUCUGUGGCCUCCAAACAGCCCCAAACUGAGCAAACCCUUCCCAGGGAGCAGCAGACACCUGGCUCUGGAGCACUGAACACAAAGCUGGUGAGCGUCUCUCUUAACUGUCCCCAGACAGAGCCCAGUUGCAAAAAUCCAUCACCCCCAGAGCUACUUCUGCCCCAUCUCUGGCUUUACCCGUCACCUAAUAAAGGCAUUUUCAUAGCAGACA